UACGACACAGAAAAUGCGGGUGUCUCUGAAAUUUGUCCCCGAUUGAAACGCCGCCGCUCCCCCGCCAACUGUCACCCCUCCAUACGCAUCCACCAACUACGCACGCACGCCGGCCGAAAUGUCAAUCGCGUCGAUAUUUGCACGGCGGACGCCCCGCGUGCUCUCCUCGUUCACGAAUGUCGCUCCUCGGGUUCUGCCCAUGCAGCACCAACAGCGCCGUGCGAAACACGGCGUCCCGGCGCUCACAAACAUAAGCAACUUUGCCGAGAAUGGUGUCCCCGGCCUGUUCUCGAGGAAGGCUUUCAACAUCGCGUGGACCGAGUACCAGGGACUGCUAGUGGACAACCUUAACCGGUUGGUUGACGGUACCGACUACAUGAACAAGACAGCGUUAGACAUCACCGUGAUGACCUCCCGACAAGCCGAUCUCGCCGCGACGUUCAACUAUGCCUCGCAAGCACACAACAACCACUUCUUCUUCGAGACCCUGGCCCCAGCCAAAGUCGACAUCCCCGACAUCCUCAAGAACCACAUCCCCAACGGCUGGCCCUCUGCUGAAGCCAUGCGGACCGAGCUCCUUACGACCGCGGCCAGCAUGUUCGGCAACGGCUGGGUAUGGCUGGUCUUCGACCAGAACAAGAACCUGCGCAUUCUGUGCACGUACAACGCCGGCACUCCCUACGGUGCUGCCCACCGCCGCCAGGACACGGACAUGAAUACCCGCAAGACCCUGGGCGACAACAACAUCUCAUACAUGACCGACACCCUGCGUUCCGUCACCCAAGGCAACAACUCCAACUGGGCUGUCCCAUUGCUGAACAUCAACUGUUGGGAACAUGCAUGGCUGGAGGACUACGGCAUUGGCGGGAAAGAACGGUACCUUGAGGCCGUAUGGGAUCGUAUCGAUUGGAAUGUUGUGGCGUCUAGGUGGCCGUUCCCGGAUGGAAAUACGGCCCCAAGAUCGUUCUAUAACAAUUAGUGUACUCUUCAGGUGCCGGGUGUGAUUUUUGUACUGUACAUCGUGGGCGGGAGUGAGCCGGCUAUGGGAGGGAGGCAUAGAGCGCACGAUCUCGAAAUGUACUUUAUACAUAGAAAGACGGAAGUGG